AAUAAAACCAACAAUCUUAAAUUUACGUAUGUACCCUUUAUUUUUCAACGAUUUAUAGUUUUACACUUUCUCCCUCUCUCAAAUUUCAUCAUCUCUUCGAUUCCGACCCCAAAUUGGAAGCAAGUUUAAAUUCGACACCAAUGGCAGAUUCAGAGCCAAUCAGAGAAGAGGAACAAGAGACUCUCCAUCACCAAAUGAUUCCUUCCGAGCUGACUCACGACGAGUUCGCCGAGCUAACCGACUCAAUCACCGAGUUCCACACCUACCAACUCGGUCCCGGUCGCUGCUCCUCCCUCCUCGCCCAACGCAUCCAGUCCCCUCCGGAGACCGUCUGGUCCGUCGUGAGACGCUUCGACCGUCCCCAGGUUUACAAACACUUCAUCAAAAGAUGCUCCGUCGAAGAAGGCUUCGAGAUGCGAGUGGGGUGCACGCGCUACGUGGACGUGAUCAGCGGCCUUCCGGCGAACACGUCGAGGGAGAGGCUCGAUCUCCUCGACGACGAGCGGAGAGUGACGGGGUUUAGCAUCACCGGAGGCGAGCACAGGCUGAGGAAUUACAAGUCGGUGACGACGGUUCAUGGCUUCGAGAGAGAUGGACGGAUCUGGACCGUUGUUCUUGAAUCCUACGUCGUGGAUGUGCCGGAGGGGAACACGGAGGAGGAUACGCGUUUGUUUGCCGAUACUGUGAUUAAACUGAAUCUUCAGAAGCUCGCGUCGAUCACUGAAGGUAUGAGUCGGAAUUCCCGCGACGGAGGAAACCCUCCGGUGAUGUGAACACGAAAACAAAUUGGGGAAUUUCAUCUUUUUUUUUGUUUAAUAAAAUUUUCCAUUGUAACAUUUUUUUUACUGGAUUGUAAUUUGCCUUUUGUCGUUAUUGUUGUCUCCUGGAUAAUUGGAAACUGGAAUGUUCGGUAAGUGAAAUCAACGUUAGAGUAGCUGUUUACUUUUUA